AUUUUUGAGGUUAAUCACGUGAUUACCAAUACUAACCUCGUGUAUUGUCUCUUUGAUAGGGAGGGAUAAUGGAGUCUUUUUUAACAAGUAGAGCAGGUUUUAUAUUUGGAUUUCUCCUCCUUUUCUCGAGUUCCCUAACAACAGCCACCCCUUCCCUCCAAGAUGUGAUAGGAUCACGUGAUCAGGAGAGACUAAAAGGACUUUUUGAGUUCAAAUCCCUCGAUAAUCUUGCAAGUGCUUAUUACGUUUCGAGGGGCGUGGCAUUAUUAGGAGGCGAUAAUAAUAAAGUAUUCUCAAAUGUUUGCUCGUACCUCAAGAAGGCGAAUAUUGAGACGCCUUUGGAUUAUUUCUAUGCAUCAUCAGCACUUGCAGCAAUCAAAGGAUGUGACUUUUCAAUGAAGUCUUCAGAGAAGAGUCUUGUUGGUAUGUUAUCCAGUGGAGAGAGGAAUUCGAGUGAACUGUAUUGGAUAGCAACCUCACUUGUCAACAUUGGAUCAUCUCUCCCUAAGUCAUUGACUGUGUCAAGUUUGACUGAUCUUGUUGAUAAAGAAGAAGCACUUGCCAGGUAUGGACAUGUUUUCAUGAUUGGAUCAUUGUUCCCGCCUAAAACUGAAGGCCUUUCCUCUCUCACCGAUCUCAUUGAGGAUGUCGUGGCUCAAGCUGAUGAAGCUGGUUCCACACUCUACUUUGAAGGAGGCCUAGCUAUAACUUCGGACAUAGUAACUGGAGUAUUUAACUUGGCACUCAAAACAGGUACUGCACCUGCUCUGUCAUUGGAUCAGGUAACUCAGUUCGGUAACUACUUGCUCUCCAGUAAAGAUACCAGCUGUGUGUGUGACGCCUUUCAUUUGUUACAAGCCGCCUCUGUCCUCUCUAAUAACAAGUUUGUAGUCCCAGCUAGUUUACUGAGAUCUGAUUAUGAUAACAUUAAUCCUCAGGAGAGCAGCAUGAGCUUAUCAUUGUCCAAUAUGAUGGGAGGAGCAGUAGGCGGCCAGUCUACAGUGAUACUAAAGUCAAUCAAAGAUUCUUCCGGAAAGACGACAAACCUUGAUAAGAAGCUAACACCUCAAGCUAAUGGUUUGGAAUAUACCGUUUCUUUGUCAGACUAUGCUUCACAGGCUGGACAUUACGUAUUAACUUUUAACUCUGAAAUGAAGGAAAAGUCUCCGGUAGCUAGCUUGACUGAUGUUCAGGUGGGUUUCACUGUUAGUUUCUCUGUGAGUGUGGAGUCGGCAGUAUUGGAUGUUGUGGAAAAGGAACAGAAUAUUGUAUUGAAGAGUAUAAAUCUCAAUUACCCAUCUCUUGCUAGUGAAGUCCCAGUUGCUGAUCAUUCGGCUAAGCUUAAGAUGACCUUUGAUCUUGUGAAUAAAGCGGAUAAGACAAAAGUAACACUACAUCAGGUUUUUGUUCGUCUUGUUUCUGAUAAAGGGGAGGAGAUAUUUUUUGUGGCCACGCCCACAGAUUCUCGUAGCUAUGUUUUUGAACUUGACGUUGCUAAAACGGCCAAAGACUCGUUUAACCAUCAAUCUGGGACUUAUAGCAUGACACUAGUAGUUGGUGGGGCUACUCUACAGAAUCCUGUCUCGUGGGAUAUCGGUAAAGUAACUUUAAAAUUCUCUGGGACUCCAAAAGUACCGACAACUGAUGAGCAUGAGUAUCGCUAUAAAGCAAGACCAGAAAUACACCACAAGUUUCAGGACCCAGAGAAGCUCCCUCCCUCCAUUGUCUCCCUCACCUUCUCUGGUCUAGUUCUCCUCCCUCUUGCUGUACUUAUGCUACUGUGGCUGAUCUUAGGCGUUAAUUUGUCUAAUAUUACAGUGUCCGGCCCCUGGGGGUUAAUUUUUCAUAUUGGACUCAUUAGCAUAUUUGUAUUAUAUUAUUUAUUCUGGACUCAAUUGAACAUGUUUCAAACUCUCAAGUUCUUAGUUCCUGUGGGCGGAGUUACUGUUGUUGCUGGCAACCAAAUGUUAAGAAAAAUAGCAAAGAGCAAAUCUCUGUAAGUGGAAGAGGAGACUUGAUGUUGUAAAUGAUAACUGGGUUAGGUUUUAUUAAUAUUAAUAAUAAUAAUAAUAAUUGAUAAGUAUUAGCUGUUUCUCUUUCACUCCUUUUCAUUGUUUUAUUUUCUAAAUAUAACUGUACUAAUAAUCAA